AUGUCGCUCUCAGCCCUCGUCGCAAGAGGCGAUUGCGAGGAUAGCGAACGCGGAGAUUCACAGCACCAACCCGACACCAGAAAGCUUUGGGAUCGGAUCUGCGAUGUUCUGACAAGAACUUUUGACUUGGGUGUGACUGCAUUCGGCGGUCCUCCAGUUCAUUUCCAGAUCUUUCAUCGAAGAUUUGUGGAUGGCUUAGGAAACCCGCCAUGGAUUGACGAGCAAACUUUCAAGCAAGUCUUUGCUGUAUGUCAGGCCUUGCCUGGACCAGCGUCGACAAAGAUGCUCGUCAGUAUAGCUCAGAUCCGAGCCGGACUCUUCCCUGCCUUCUUGGUGUUCCUCUGCUGGUCCCUCCCAGGUGCAGCGGUCAUGUACGGACUGUCCCUCGGGGUGCAACGAAUGGAUACUAUCCUCCCUGCGCCAGUUUACGCCCUUCUAUCCGGCUUGAAUGCCGCAACCGUCGGUCUUAUCGCACUAUCAUCUGUGCAACUCGCCCGAAAGGCCAUAACCGACAGACUCACUCGGUUGUUGAUCAUCCUCGGUGGAAGUGCUGGGAUGUGCUACAAUGCGAUUUGGUACUUUCCCGUUCUCAUCAUCUUCGGGGGUGUCACCACCGUGGUAUGGGAUAGUUGGCUUCAAGGAUGGGUUGCGGCAUUUCGGCAGAGAAGGCUGAAGAGAAGGCAUCGUUCUUCCCUCGGCGCGUUACCUCAUUCGCGUGAAAGCAUCCAGGAAACGACUACACGACUACCAAGUGACUCCUCCGGCGGGCCCCUGCGUGAGGAUGAGCUACCGGAUCGCAAAUCCGACACUACUCCGUCCCUCACACGGUCUUCGAGUAUUGCGGUUGAUUCAGGACAUGGCAUCCCCUUCAAGAUCGGGCUGACCAUAAUUGUGGCCUUUUGGGCAGUGUUCGCGACUGUCAUGGUCCUUCGCGGUGCACUCAGAACCCCUCCCCUGCUCUUUUCCCUAUUCAAUAGCAUGUUCCUGGCCGGCACCAUCAUCUUUGGUGGGGGAACGGUACUCAUACCCCUUCUCCGAGAAUAUGUCGUUGAACCUGGUUGGGUCUCUGCACGGGACUUCCUCCUCGGGAUCGCCAUCGCCCGGUCCCUUCCUGGGCCCAACUCCAACUUUGCCGUUUACCUCGGCGCUCUUACUGCAUUAAGCGCCGGUGGGUCCAGGUCGGUGUCAAAAACGCUGCCGGGUGCAGCAGUCGCAUUUGUUGGUAUCUUCACUCCUGCCAUCUGGCUCUGCAUAGGUUUCCAGGCGGUUUGGCGUGCCUUCCGUGCUAAACCAGCCGUGGUAUCCCUCUUGCGAGGUAUCAAUUCAACGGCGGUUGGGUUGAUAUUCACAGCCGUAUAUCGCCUCUGGGAGGCCGGGUUCCUGACGGAAUCGGAGCCCACAGGAACGAGCUUGGGUAAAGAGCCAUGGUGGGUGGUCGUGGCAGCAUCUACAUUCGCGGGGGUAGAAUGGUUUGCGGUGCCUCCCCCUGUAGCCAUCUUGUCUGGUGGAAUUGCAGGUUUAGCUUGGCAUGGAGUUGUUCGUCGAUGA